UUCAUUUUUGUACGUACUAUUGCAUGUCUGCGCGGUCUACUUGUAUAUUGCACAUAUAUUUACCGUGUGUAGUUUGCAUGCUGUGCGUAGACCGUAUCUGCGCUUGAGGCCAGGAUCUCCGUUGCUUUUGUGAAUGAAUGAGAUCUCAUCUUUUUGCCGAGUCGUCUACGAUACACGGAUUUCUUUUUAUCUCGCCGAAUAACAGUUUACAUGCCCACGACCUUUGUCGUGAAUUGCAACCUUUUAACGUCAGGAUAUCAAUUCUUUUUAGAACGUGAGGGAUCCAGAAAAGAAAACAUAUCAGAAGUUAGAUCAGCAAGAUGUCCGGUAUCGCAAUUACAAGACUGUCGGAAGAGAGAAAAGCCUGGAGAAAAGACCAUCCAUUUGGUUUUGUUGCCAAGCCAACUAAGAAUGCAGAUGGUACAUUAAACCUCAUGAACUGGGAAUGUGCAAUUCCAGGAAAGAAUUCGACAAUAUGGGAAGAUGGGCUGUACAAGCUUAGAAUGAUCUUCAAGGAUGAUUACCCUACGACACCACCCAAAUGUAAAUUUGACCCUCCAUUGUUUCAUCCCAAUGUAUACCCAUCAGGCACAGUGUGCCUUUCUCUUCUGGAUGAGGAUAAAGAUUGGAGACCAGCUGUAACAAUCAAACAGAUUUUGCUAGGAAUUCAGGAUUUACUAAAUGACCCUAACAUCAAUGAUCCAGCCCAGGCAGAAGCAUACACAAUAUAUUCACAAAACCCAAUGCAAUAUGAGAAGAAGGUGAAAGAACAAGCCAAGAAAUGCGCUCCAGUCAAAGAUCCCCCUCUACAACAGCAAGUGCAGCAGCAUCAUCAUCACCACCACCAUCACCACCAUCACCAAUCAAACAGUAGGCAAGAUAAGUAGGGCCCUUCAAACCGUUUGGGAGCAUACCAACCAAUAACACGCAAGAUGAACUCUCCCUUCUAACCCAAAGAGAAAAGCCAAAUCAUGCGUAUGUGGACUUUAAAAAAAAAGAAUCUGUUGGGCGGCUGCUGUUGUUUGAUCAUGUUGGAGCAGCUACUCAAUGAAGUACAGAUGGGAAACAUGGAUGAACUUGUGAGAAUCUAGCUGCACUGUGAAAGUCAUACCUAAAUGUUUUCUUCACUUUAAACCCAUGAAUUGUUUUUUUUUUUGUAGAGUGUAGUCAAUUUAAGAAGGGAUACGUCCUAUUGCCGCUGCAACUCAUGUUGCUGCUGUUGUUGCCUUUAAUGAUAUCCGCAGCGUGGAAACGCAUUUCAUGAAGGUGAUGUCACAAUGAUGAUUUAAGCAAAAUCAUAUAUUCCAGCUCUUGUGACUUUAUUAGAAUGCAGUGCAUCUUAUUGAUACAAAAUCUUUGUAACAGGGAUCAUUGGCUUUUUCAGAGAGGUCAGCAAAAAUUAAGAAAAGAUAGCUUUACAAUGUGUUGCCAUACUGUCGAUGGUCAGUCGAAUUCUUGAAUCUCAAAUAUUAGCAAUGUUAAGGCAGUUCAGAAAAAGCUGUAUUUUAGAAUAAUAGCAAUGGUGCCAAACUCCUACUGUCUGAAAACAGUCUCAUCAUUCCAGUAGAGAAUUGUUUUGAGGUCAAAGAAGGUUGCCACUUUUGAAUGUUGAGAAACAAGGUUUCGACAUAUCAGCUCUGCACGUCGCUGGUCUUGAGGAAACCGCUUUUCUCAUCAUUCUUGCCCAAUGGUACAAUCAAGUUGUACUUUUUAACACAUUGGCCCAAAGAUAGUGUUGAAAAUAACUGGUUAAACCCGUGGUUUAUGCAGAUUUUCUGUAUAAAUUUUGUUUUAUUGACCGCGUAUAUUAAAAAUGUCCAAUACUAGUGAAUGCUUUUUCACAGUGCACCAAAUUGAUGCCUGUUGCCGUGGUUGAGCAUGCUAUUUAUUAAUGAGUCCAAUGUUUUGAACUAAUGAAUCCAUUGCUCAAAACAGUGUACGCAUUGUUUUAAAUAGCUUGCUCAACCAUGGUAUGAACCAUGGCAACAAGCGUCAAUUUAGUGCAAUGUGACAAAAGCCUGCAUCAGUAACAACAGGAAGUCUUCACAAAUGAUGGGUUCAAAACUAUCUUUGUGAAUUUGGGCCAUUAGGUUUAUUGUAAAAAAUUGCUGCAGGCUAAGUGAUGACCAACUACUUGUACUUUACCUACAUUCUAAAUCUGUUUUGCACUCUCUGGGAAUAAUUUUUCUGGUAUCACAUUUUCAAAAUUAUUAUUAGUAGUAUUAUAAAUGCAAAACAAAAUGUGUUUGUGUUGCAUAUUUUACAUAAGACUACAAUUUGCUAGAAUGUUUCACUGACAACUUCUAUGUGGGGCCUUGCUAAGUAAUUUUAAUCAGACACCAAUUCAAUCUAUUGGAUGAAACCCUUAAAAUGAAAGUCAAUCAACUGCAGAGUCUGCACUUCUGAGCAUCUUAUGUUUUCAGUUUGUUUAAGUAUUUUACUUAUAAAACUAUUCAACUUUCAUAUUUUUAUUCCUGUUUCACAAUCAGGAAAUAACUAGUUAUCUACCUUACAUGUGUACACAUUGCGUAAGUCUUGAACAUGUAAUCAAAGGGAGAUGAUAUGUUUGGACUUGUCCCUCUAAAUGUUUUCUGUCCAUUUCUUUGUGUAUGUAUGUAUGUAACUAUAAUGUUGCCGAGUGUGAGAUCCUUGAUUACAGGAUAGUAAAUCAUGUAUUGAUGGGGGAAAUGCUUGCUACCGUGACAGUUGGUUACAUUUCAGCAACAUUUUGGCAUCUGACGGCAUAGAAGCAGAAACCACGAAAGGACCAUGUUUAAUUAUCAAGCUUUUAUACGUAUAUAUAUUUUACGAAUGAUAGUGCAGCUAAAGAGGAAUGUAUUUUGUCUGCAAUGCCAGAUGUACAGAUAUGUUCAAAAGAAAGGCAUUCUUUUUGUUUGUUGAAAGCGGUUACCUCUCUGUAUGCAUCUGUUACACCCGUUUGGCCUAAAUUCACAAAUUGAAUCAUCAUUGAUGGUAAAAGCAUAUUAAGGCAUACUAUUGUGUAAAAGAAGCACAAAGUGCUCUUGGCAAGAGUAUGGAGAGCAUGAUAUAAACAGUGCUUGUGCUUGAAAGAAAAUCCUCUCUUUGUGAUUUCAGGCCUUUGUUGAUAUUAACGGUGUAAUAAGAGUGUAAACCUUUCAGUGAAUUCAGUGAAGACUAAAUUACACGUCUCUAUCAGAUUUAUUCUUCUACACUGGUUGAUAUGCAUGCACAUGGAAAUAUUUCUCAAAUGUUUAUGGUGUAUAAAGUAUAUGUUUUUGUAUUAUAUCAUCUUCUGAAACCAAAUGGAGGAUGCAUGCACAUGAAUAUUUAUGGGAUAGCUGGGUUUCUUUCUUACUCUGCUGAUGUCGUAGCUCUCUUUUUCUCCUCUAUCUCUCUGUCUCUUUCUUUGUCUAUCCUUCUGUCACUGUUUAUACCAACCUGUAUGCACUCAGUUCUAACUACUGUAUAACUAACCUUGCUCUCUUGUCAUGGGCAAAUGUAUUACUUUGUAAGCAGGAAAAAUACAUGCGGUAUUUUUCUUGGUCAUUUGUUCUGUUAUUUUUUAUUCUUUAUAUUACUGCUUAAGGUAAGAUUUGUUUUGAGUUAUCAAAUAUGACCUAAAUAGAUCAUUUUGAGCCAUCUAGGUAGGAGGUCAGUUUCAUAUUGGCCUUAUACCGGUAUAAACUAUUUCUGUUUCUAUCACGGUCUUCUUUCUACUGUUCUGACCUCGAUCUCAGAAAACAUGUUUUGUAUGGAGAGAUUGUAAAUUGUUAUUUAUUUACCUGUAUCUCUCAUUUUCUCUCGCUUUCACUUUCAUUUACACACUUUCCUCCCCUCCCUCCCAGUGUUUAGCCACCCAUUUGUGGACUAUUGAACCCGGAGGCCGUUUCAUAAAGCUGUUUGUAAGUUAAGAGCGACUUUGAGAAUGACUGAUGAUCCUUUCUUACACGCAAAACCAUCGCUAAUGAAUACACCAUUCGCCAUGAGAAAGGAUCACCAGUCGAUCUUUAAGUCGCUCUUACGAACAGCUUUAUGAAACAUCCACCAGGUUCUCAUUAGGCACACCUGUACUUUCUGUCUGUGAUCACUUCAUCCCUUAUGUUCUUUUUUACUUCUUAUCCUAAUAAACCAAGUCAGAGGCACAAUGUUCUAUUUAUAGAAAAUGUAUGUGAUUUUUGUGUGCACAAUGUAAUUCUUUGAUGUUAUAGGUAUGUGGCAUCACAUAUUCCUUGACUUUCACAUCCUCUCUAUCUGAAAAUACAGAUGCCUAGCAUAAUGGAAGAUUAGUAAAGAAGUGCAGCUUUAGAGCAAGUUUUAUUUGAAUAGAAGCAAAACAAAAUUGAGGAUCGGGCUGCUCAGGCAAUUAAACUUUAUAGAAAUCUUAUUAAAAGUAAGAACGUCGGGAUGACUUUUUUUUGGGGGGGGGGGUAUCUAUGAUACAUGUUAAUAUUAACUGAAUAUGAAUAAGUAUUUUUGAAAUGCUUGAAAAGUUAUGAAGAAACCAUGGCUUCGCGGUCUUGAUGCAACUGUUGCACAGCUUUCUUGAUACCCUGUGUUAACCAUUCAACAAAGCUGUUCAGGAAAUACACAUUCGUUGAUAUUUUAUUUCUGAUCAGAUUUCUGUGACUGACCUGUUCCUGUCCGUGUUUAUACUUGUAUUUCCUGCUUCUAUUCAAAUAAACCUUUUUUCUUAGUAACAACUUUGAAUUAUUUUCACAUUGGAGCAACUGAAGAUGAAGUUGAUGUAAAUACCGUUCAGUAGCAGUUGCUCAGAGCUAUUUUACAAGAAUGUAAAUAUCCUAGACUUGCUAGACACUUUAGAUUUAGUAAUAAUGUUAUAAUAGUUGUAGGCUCUAUAACGGGUAGAAUUGAUAUGAAUACGUAUGAAAAACGGUUGUAAUAUUUCAUUUCAAUUUGUAGAAAGAGAGAAUUUUUUUUGUACUCCUAGUCAUUUUAUUUUGGGUUUCUUUGAGGCCCAUAUAAAGCCUAAUGUUGAUGAGAGAGUUUAUGGGAAAUUCAGACUGUCUCAUAAAACGUCAACAAAAAUUCUCUGACAAAUUUUCUCUUCAGGUUGCAUGUAUUAGGGUAGAUUACAGUAGCUUGCAACUCGCAAUUCAUAACAAAUUGUAAAAAGAGGAAUCCUAGACCCGUUGGGUGCACAUUUUCUAUCAAUUGUACCUAAAUGUUAUCAAUUGUUUUUAUAAACAGUGAUUCUGAUGGAGAUAUCAACAUUUUUAUGAAACAUUUUGUGUAUAUGAGAUUGAUGUUGAUUUGGUUAUGCAUUGAACAAUUAAGUGAAAACCUUAGGUUUUAAUAAUAAAAAAAAAACACAGAAACUUGUCAUUUCAUUAUAAAUACCAAGAUUUUAUUUGAAGGAAAAAAAGUCAAAAUAAAUAGCAUUGGGAGUAAAACAUGCAUUAUUGGACUUCAUGAAUGAUAUUAUUAAGAAUGAAUUUUUUUUAUUGUUGAUUUUGUACCCUAAUAUUUCCAUUAUAUAUGAGAUUGGUUUAGGUCUCUGCAAAGCAUUGAUGAAAUGAUAGUAUAUAUAUGAUUUAGGUGUAGAGGGAAGAAUAUAUUUAUAAUGCCUUGGGUCACAUCAGCAAUACUGACACCCGGCAUGACCAAAUCUAUUUACGUUGUUUCCACUGAUAUACCAUAGGUCAGUUUGGUGUCGGUUUUGAUGUUACAUUAGCAUUAUUUAGUACAGCUGUUUCCUAAUUAUGAAUGGAACAGUUAUACUAUGACCUAAGAUUUAUAUUUUUCCCUCUGGACUGCAAACAAAAAACAGGUGUCAUCUACACGAGUACCGAAACAAUUGAUCAAAGUUCUAGGGAGUGUUUGAAGGAUUUGCAGUAACUUAUGAAAAAUUGUCAAAAUCACUGACUCUUGUCUUACAACAUGGUAUUGUGUCAUGGUUAAUUAACUUGCCAAAUCAUACUCGUUGAAAAUUUUUACCUUGCAUUUCCUAGUAUAAUUUAUCCCUAUAUAAGAUUUCAUAUCUCGUCAAAUCAUUCAUGUUUUGUGAAUUUCUAUAUUGUUACAGGCACCUUUGGAAAUGCAUCAAUGCUGUCCCACCAUUUUGCACUGAUAAUUCAAUCACAUAUCUUGGUUUUGUGUUAUUUCAAACAUGUUUGAUGAAAUCAGUUCCGUUUUUUGUCCGUGGAUUUUGUGAUAUUAUUUGGUUUUUGUAAUAAAUUUGCUGUAACGAGCAA